CUCCCCAUCAAAACCCUAACAGACCUAUAUGCAAUCUCUAUCAAAAUCAAUAAUCAUCUACUAAUUAGUACAAAACCACUUGCUUGUUAUAUCAACCACCGAUCGCUGUUUUGAUCCAUCGUACGACCGAUCAUGAACUUUGAAGCUGUGCAAGCAAAGAGGAUCAUGAACAUGGAUCCACCAGUUCAAACUCCAUCACAUCAGCACCUUUGCUAUGUUCGCUGCAACUUCUGCAAGACCCUUCUAGCGGUAGUGAUACCAUGCAAGAAGUUUUUGGAUACAGUGACAGUGAAAUGUGGAAACUGUUGUAAUUUAUCAUUUCUCACCAUUAAGGCUUCUCAUCCUUUUCAAUCUCCUUCACUUCCUCCUUUUCAGGCUGACAUUUCGAGCGAUUUCAAACGGGCUCAAUUUUCUUCAUCUUCGUCAUCCACAUCAAACGAACCCGAGCCACCAAAAGUUCCGUUCGUUGUUAAACCACCUGAGAGGAAACACAGGAUUCCAUCUGCUUACAAUAGAUUCAUGAAAGAGGAAAUACAACGCAUCAAGGCUUCUAAUCCUCAAAUACCUCAUCGAGAAGCUUUCAGCACGGCAGCUAAAAGUUGGGCUGGCCGUAUACCAAAUGGAUCCAUCUCUGAAAGCAUCAACACUGAUUGAUCGAUGACUUGAAGUAACUAAGUAUGAAUUCUACCCAAGCCAUUUUAAAGACAUUGAAGGAUUAAUGCUAUAUGCAUUAGAGUUCAUGCCCUAUUGUGUAAUUUGUUUUUCGUACCAAUUUAAAGAAAUGCAUGUUUAUGUAGUGCAUCUAAUUUGAGGAUGCGCGAUAUACGAAUCUCUUUUAGUAUGUUAAAGAAUUACUUUAGCGAAAAUGCUU